AUGGAUUCAUCCUCGUCGAUGGAUAUGGGAGGCGGGCUAUACAUGAGGUCGCAAGAAAGCCAUGGCCAGGAUAUGAAUGGUAGCCAGAGCAGUCUGGCGAGCGCCUCGAGGUUGGAUGGAGGAGACGAGCGGACCGAAAACUUGACUCCCAAGAGCAACGGGCCACUGUCAGCCGGGCCAUCGCCCAACUUUGGCCAGUCGAGGCCGACCCCCGCAGGUGCACCUGUUGGGACCGCUGGGACCGCGUCCUCGUCGGCGCAUCUGUCGGGGUUGAUGUGCAACGUUCAUCGGACGACAGGGAGGGAACCGCACCCCCUGGUCGGGGCGACCACCACGAUCCUCGGCGACAAGCUGUACGUAUUUGGAGGCAGGAUCCUGUCUAGGAGCCGGCCUGCCCCGUUGACGGCAGACUUGUACGAGCUCGAUUUGAUUCGUCGGCAUUGGACGAAGCUGGAGACGUCGGGGGAUGUUCCGCCACCACGGUACUUCCACUCGAUGUGCGCCCUCGGCGACACUAAGAUGGUCUGCUAUGGUGGCAUGUCACCCAUGCCUAAUCCGAAGCCGGGUGCCGCGCAGGACCAGCAGCCCGAGGUCACCGUCAUGUCUGACAUCUACAUCUACGACGUGCCAACCAAGAAGUGGACCUUUAUCCCGACCCAAGAUGCGCCCCAAGGACGCUAUGCACACUGCGCAUGCAUUCUUCCUUCUGCGGCCACUUUCUCGUCGCACAGAGCUCCGCUCUCGGCGCUCCAGCACAACCCUUCUACCGGCAACCCGAACGAAGGCCGAAUUGGUAUCAGCAUUGACGGGACAGGCGGUGCCGAGAUGAUUGUCGUUGGCGGCCAAGAUGGAGCCAAUCACUACAUUGAGCAGAUCAGCGUCUUCAACUUGCGCAGCCUAAAGUGGGUGUCCACGCAGUCGUUGGGUAAGAGCUGCGGCGCGUACCGCAGCGUGGUAGCUCCCCUCCCGCCGUCGGUCACGUCAAAGAUUGGGAAGGCGUACCCGAACGGAAACCGGCAGGACGGCGGGGGUAUCAGCCAGGAAGCCAAAGAGCCCGGGUCCAGUAUGCUCAUAUACAGCAACUACAACUUUCUCGACGUCAAACUCGAGCUACAGAUUCGGGCAAACGAUGGCUCUCUCAGUGAGCGCCCCAUGAGUGGCUCGUAUAGCCCACCGGGGCUGCGCUUUCCGAACGGAGGAGUGAUCGACACCCACUUUGUAGUCAGCGGCACUUACCUCACGUCUUCAAAACAGGAGUAUGCGCUCUGGGCCCUCGACCUGCGGACCCUGACGUGGAGCCGCAUCGAUGCUGGAGGGGCGGUUUUUAGCCAGGGCAGCUGGAACCGUGGCGUCUUGUGGAACAGGAGGAAUACUUUCGUGGUACUGGGCAAUAGGAAGAGAAGCCUUGUCGACGAUUAUAACCACCGCCGCAUUAACUUUAGUAACGUCUGCAUGGUGGAGCUCGAAGCAUUCGGGUUUUUCGACAAUCCCCGGAAGACGGCUCCCAUGAGCGGAUUCGUCAGCGCCAGCAGCCCUUAUACGGGGCCAGGAUUGAGCCUUGCUCGAAAGGCCGGCUUCACUGCCGGCGGUCGAUUCCACAGCCGUGCCGCUGAGGAGCUGGGAGAAAAAGCCCUCGCGAUGAGGGAGCUGUCCGAUAUGGACAUUAUGUGCAUCGGAGGCGAGAGGAUACCGAUCAACUCGAGAAUUGUUGCGAGGAGGUGGGGCCCUUACUUUGUCCAACUUCUAAGGGAAGGGACGGCAACACACAAUGGCAGCGACUCGAUUACACUAAGGUCCAACUCGAUUUCGGCACCUAGUAACACGGUGCGCGGCUCCAAUAUGGCGAGUGCGCAGGGAAAUCGAAACACGAUGGAAAGCCAGCUGUCCAUGUCCAGCACCCUCUACUCGACCGGCAGCUCAACCGGCAAACCACAAGGCACAGCCACGACAAUCUCGCCGGGGGUGAUGUCGCCGCCCGUGGACCCUGCAGCCAUCAACACGGCGCCAACACCACGCACCUUGCCGCCCAACAGCCGCCCCAGAUGGUUGUACUUGCCGCACACGUACUUGACACUUCAAGCGCUGCUCCACUAUCUAUAUACGUCGAGCCUUCCUCAGACGUCGUCCCCGCUCUGCACCCCGCAAAUUCUCUGCAGUCUUCUCCAAAUUGCACGGCCCUACCGCAUCGACGGACUUCUCGAGGCUGUGGUUGAGCGGCUUCACAACCUGCUCGACAGCCGAAACGCAGCGGCCGUGUUCAACGCCACUGCCAUGGCAGCCGGCGGCGGACGCGGUAUUGACGGAACCCUUAACCCGAACUUCUUUCCGCUCCAAGCCGGACUCGACGCCUUGACCAACUCUUCGGAGACACCGGUGGACGGCGGCAACGUCUCUGGCAGCGAGGCCGCUUCGACGGGUACUAGCGGGCUGACGGCACGUACGGCCGGGCUGAAGAUCAGCACUGCUGUGCCCCAGGGCGGACGGCCGGCAAGUGAAGAACUGAGCGCGACUGGCAGUGUCAGUGGGAGUGAGUGGAGCUCCGAGUUUGGGGACAGCGAGCGCGGGACGGCGCGCGAAGUCUGGGCGGGCGACCUCAGCAGCGUCAUUGGGCUGCAAAAGAGGGGUCUGAGAGGCCUGAUGGAGGGCCGGAGGAUGCGGGAAAGGGGCGGGACAAAUAAUGGUAUUCCAGGGCCGAGCGGCGGAGCCAGCGCAUACGGGACGGGUAUGCAAGGGCGUGUGGGCCUGGGAAUCGCGGGUUCUUGA